AUGGAGAUGGGAAGGGAGAAAGUAAUAGAAGUGGUGGAGAAAGAAGAAGUUGAGGAGAGAAGGUAUGAGAGGAGUGAUCAAAGAGGAAGGAAAAGGUUGAAUUCAAAGCUAGAUCUUAAUGAGGAGGUCGUCGUCGUCGUGGCGGAGAACGAAGGCGAAGGUGAAGGUGACAAUGAAGAAGAGAAAGAAAUCGAAGAAGAAAUGAUGGAAGGAGAAGAAGAGGGGAGUUCAAGUAAUAACAACAGUGGAGACAAUAGAUUUUAUGGUGAGAAUUCAGCGGCGGCGGCGGUAGGUGUUAGGCAAUAUGUGAAGUCGAAUUUGCCGAGAUUACGGUGGACGGCGGAGCUACACCUCUUGUUUGUUCGUGCGGUUGAGCGGUUGGGCGGGCAAGAGAGAGCAACACCAAAGUUAGUUCUUCAGAUGAUGAAUGUUAAGGGGAUUAGUAUUGCACAUGUAAAGAGCCACUUGCAGUAUAUGCCUUCCUCUUUUGUUAAAUAUCAGAUGUACAGAAGCAAGAAACUUGAUGAUUCUGGCCAGGAAAGGUUUACCAUUUCUUCAGCAGUUAGGGUUUAUCUGUGCGGAGACCGGAUGCAGAACGUCAUCCAGAGGCCAAUCAGAAUGCUCUACGUCAGCGCUUUCUCUUCAUUGGAUGCUCAUUUAAAGAGAGAGAGUUCUCAUGAUCUGUUCUUCCAACCCUUCAGAAUGAGAAAUGAAAGCCUGCAAGCCAGAAAUAUUUAUGAGACGCAGAAACAUUUGCAAAUCAGGAAUGCAAAGCUUAGGCAACAAGAGUGGGCUUUUAACCAGCAAAAGAUGGCAAGAGAUACCUUCAGCUAUGAGCAUUCAAGAACAUCUCAACACAGACAGUACUCACAGGCUCUUCCAUUAAAUUCAUCAGUUACUAACUUCAAUCAUAAUUUUGUUGUGAAAGCAAACAACUUUUGCUGCUUCAACAACAUUAAGUCACAAUCACAAGAACAUCAAUGGAGCAAGCUUGAAAACAUCUUCAGAAAGGAGAGGGAAGAGCAUUCUGUAGAUGCCAAGAGGAUGAGGCUUUCAAGAGAUCAUGGCCAUGGGAUUCCAGAUUUGCAGCUAAGCUUGAUACCAAGCUCAGUAGAGAAAGUAUUGAAUGGCAAUGGUGCUUCUGAUGAUGAAGAAGAAUAUGAAGAAGAAGAAGAAGAGACUGAGCUAUCACUUUCUCUCUCCCCUCCCACAUGCAGAUCAAGAGAUGAAUCCUUCAAACUUCAAGGAACAGUGAUGAACACUGAGAUUGAUUUUUGGAAGACAGGAAGCAAGAAGAAAUCUACUUUAGGGUUUAGAACUUUUGAUCUCAGCAUGUCAAUUAGGGCAUUGGAGUGA